AUGUUCAACACGAUAUUCUCGCUAUCGUUUCUGAUGGUGUUCCUCCUGCCCUUCAUGUUCAACUGGACCACCAACCUUAACGCCGCCUUUUUCUGGCUAACAUGGACGACCUUCGUCUUCUCAUUUUCCCCGACUCGAGUCGAGAUUCUCGGCACCAUAAUCGUGCGCGUCAUCUUCUACGCCCUGCCUUCUACCCUCAUGUUCCUCUUCGACAUGUUCCUGCCAGCCGCGGCGGCGGCUUUCAAGUGGAGAGGCGUCGAGGGUCUGCCCGGCGGUAGAAAGACACUCAAUCUCCGACGGAGGGAAUUCAAGGUCGCCGGAUGGUCAUUAUUCAACAUUGCUACCAGCAUCGUUUUGCAAGGCACGCUAGAGCUACUCUUCCACCACACUCUUGGCCGGAAAACUAUGCUCAAGGUUUCAUCGUUUAUACCUUUCCCGGGCACAUGGGCCAAGCACCUCUUACUGGGGCUAGCUCUUCGUGGACUCAUCUCGUAUCUACUGCACCGCUUCGUCCUCCACAACGAAAGGUCUCCGUUCCUCUCCCGGCGGCACGGAACCUGGCACCACUGCCUCAGGGUUCCAUACCCACUUACAGCGCACUACGACCACCCCCUCCCCUACCUGGUUCACAAGUUCAUUCCGAUGUAUCUACCCGCCGCGCUAUUCCGCUUCCACGCACUUGUCUUCUUCGUCUAUCUGGCGAUCAUCUCCCUCGAGGAACUAUUCUCUCAUUGCGGGUAUAGGUUUUACCCGGUUCGUGGGUUGGCGGGCAUUGGUGCUCGCGUCGAGAAGCAUCUCGACGACGGUCAUUGUAAUUACUCGCCCUGGGGCUUCUGGGAUUUGCUUGCUGGGACUUAUAAGGGUGAUGGUGGUGAUGAUGAUGACGAUCAUCAUCAUUAUGAUCAUUAUAAUGAGGGUUAUGGAUGUGGGUCCUUGGGCUCGCAGCGUGGUGGUGGCGGUGAUGGUGGAAAGAGUGGUAAGGGUGGAAAGGGUGGCAGUAGUAAGUCGACGAAAUGGGGCCCUACUAUUACUACGAAAAGGUCAUAG